AAAACUCCUAAAAUUAUAAAAGUGCUCAUAGGUUUAUUAAUUUGCUAAUUAGAGUGGUGAUUCGAACUGGGUCUGAUAUUUAUAUUCUUUCACUUUGGAGUUUGUUUACGGUUCAAAUUUGCACAGACAAGCGAUCUUUUAACUAUAUGUUUCCAGUUACACUUCAGAACUUUGUCCAUUAAUGGCCUCUCUAAGAUCUCAAGAAGCCACUUCUUCUAGGUCUCGCUUUGCUCACCAUGUCCUCUUGAGUCGAGCUUCUGACACCCGCUGGACCUUUUCCGAUCACCUCUACACAGCUCUAGUCGGUGCUGGUUUUCUUACUUUUAGGGUUGAAAAUGAUGAUGAAAUUGAGAGAGAUGAUGAUGUUAAGAUAGGGUUUGAGAGAGCAAUUGAAGAAUCUAGGAGCUGUAUAAUCGUCUUCUCGAAAGAUUAUGUUUGUUCGAGAUCGUGUCUUGAUGAGCUUGUGAUGAUUCUCGAACGCAAGAGAGGGUCUAAAUAUGUGGUUUUUCCAGUUUUCUAUGAUUUGGAUCCAUCACAAGUUAGGAAGCAAAGUGGGGUUGUUGGAGAGGCAUUUGAGAGACACAAAGCUCAAUUUGAGGAUUGUGAGUUUGGGAAGAUUGAAGAGUGGAGGGAAGCACUUAGAGAAGUUGCAGAUCUGGCAGGGCUGGUGUUACAGAAUCAAGCUGAUGGGUAUGAGUCAAAGUUUAUCAAGAUAAUUGUUGAAGAGAUUGCAAAUAAAAUGGAUCGCACAGUUUUGAGUGUUACCCCGUACCCAACUGGAAUAGAUUCUCGUGUAAAAGACAUUAACCUGUGGCUGCAAGAUGGGUCAAGCAAUAUUGGCAUAAUGGUGAUUUAUGGGAUGGGUGGAAUAGGUAAGACAACCAUUGCAAAAACUGCUUAUAACCAAAACUUUGAAAGAUUUGAUGGCAGCAGUUUUCUCGCAAAUAUUAGAGACACUUCAAAACAACCCAGAGGUUUGGUUCGUCUGCAAAAACAACUUCUUUCAGAUAUUGUCAAGCGGAAAAAGGAAAAACUACACAAUGUUGAUGAGGGAAUCAUUAAGAUUAAAGAUGCUAUGUGCUGUAAAAGAGUUCUUGUUGUUCUUGAUGAUGUAGAUCAAUUGGACCAACUAAAUGCAAUAUUUGGCAUGCGAGACUGGUUUCAUCCAGGAAGUAAAAUUAUCAUAACAACCAGACAUAAGCGAAUGCUAAAGGCUUAUGAAGCUCGUGAAAUACACAAGGUUACAAAAUUGAAAGACACUGAAGCGCUUUGUCUCUUCUGUCGACAUGCCUUUGGACAAGACCAUUCCGUUGAAGCUUACAUGCAGCAGUCAAUAAGGAUAGUAUCCUAUUGCAAUGGUCUUCCAUUAGCUCUUGAAGUCUUAGGUUGUUCUCUAUCUGGUGAAAGUGUUGAUGUAUGGGAAAGUGCAUUAGCAAAAUUGAGAACAUUUUCUGAUGUCAAAAUCCACAACGUACGUCAAGUAAGCUACGAAUGUUUAGACGAUCAUGACAAAGAUUUAUUCCUUGAUAUUGUCUGUUUCUUUGUUGGAGAGGACAAAGAUUACAUGGUUACAAUACUAGAUGGAUGUGAUUUCUACACAGAAGUUGGGGUUCAAAAUCUCAUUCGUAGAUGUCUUGUAUAUGAAGUUGACAAGAAGCUUAUGAUGCAUCAGUUGCUCAGUGAAAUGGGUAGGGAAAUUAUUCUCCAAGCAUCACCAAAGGAACUUGGAAGACGCAGUAGAGUGUGGGAUCACAAGGAUGCCUUCAGUGUAUUAAAAGAAAAAACUGGAACAAAAACAAUUGAAGGCCUAAUCCUCGACUUGCCGGAACUGAAGGAAGAUAUGCGAACCAAGCAUGCAAAUAAUGCACAACAUCAUUUUGAAGAUUUUCCUGGGAAAUCGACAAUGAUUUUUGAAGGCAGUUCAUCAAAGCGAUGUUGCCUAGGCUUCUUGCCCUGGCUUAAGUUCUUCCUUAAUGGAGUCAGAUGAAGCAGUUUUGGAAACUGAUGCGUUUUCACCGAUGAUCAAAUUACGAAUACUCCAGCUUUAUGAUGUACCACUCAGCAGAGGCUAUGAUGAAUUUCCUAAGAAGUUAAGAUGGCUGUGUUGGCAUGGAUUCCCUUUAACAUUUAUACCUAAUGAUUUUCCGCUAGAUAGCAUGGUUGUUCUGGACUUGCCCCAUAGCAGCUUGCGACAAUUUUGGAAGGGAACCAAGUUGCUCAAACUACUGAAGAUCCUCAAUCUCUCUCGUUCCUGUGACCUUACCAGUUCACCUGACUUCUCAAAGCUCCCUAAUCUUGAGAGGUUGAUUCUUAAAGAUUGUAUCAAUUUGGUUGAGGUCCAUGAAUCCAUUGUGG